UUGCCUGAAAUGCCUUUUAUUUGAGAACUUGCAAAAAUAUCAUAGAUUUUUAAAUCAGUUGAUUACACUAUCUUGCCCCUCGUGGAGGAGUUUUGCGUGUUUGAGUAGUGUAAUUGUGGAGCAGCCUCUCUCGAUGGAGCUGCUGAAACAGUUCCAUCGAGGCCGCAGAGAGUGGCGGACGCAUAGUAAAGAAAAGUGAACAAGAAGUGCCGCAGAGUUUACCAAGAUUUUCUUGAUCAAGUGGUUAUAAAAACUUCUGUGCUAAAAAAUAAUUUUGAACAAGAAAGGAUCAAAGAGUGUGUGUUGAGAAAUAGAGCGGAGGAAGUGAUUAUGGAUUAAUUUGGCCAGUAAAGAGAGCCAACAAGACUCACUAAUCUGACCGUCAUACAAGAAAAAACCUUCUCCAGCGUUGGAUAGAGACUAAAAAAUCGAGUUCAUAGAAAAGGGCACUAUCAUGUUGAGGGUAAUUGCCGCAAUCACUGUAUUUGCCGGCUUGGUGACUUUAAGCUGGGGACAUGGCCGUAUGAUUGAGCCACCGAGCCGAGCAUCAGCCUGGCGCUAUGGUUUCAAUACACCACCAAAUUACAAUGAUCACGAGCUAUUUUGUGGGGGCUUCUCCAGACAGUGGCAGCGCAAUGAUGGCAAAUGUGGAAUAUGUGGAGAUGCAUAUGAUACUCCCGAGCCACGUGAUAAUGAGCUGGGUGGAAAGUAUGGACUUGGGGUUAUUGUGAGGCGGUACAAUCCAGGAUCAGAUUUUCUUAUUCGAAUUGAAUUGACUGCCAGCCAUUGGGGAUACUUUGAGUUUAGAUUGUGCCCUGAUCCAGCCGGAAAGCAAGACUGUCUCGAUGAAAAUCUUCUAGAAAUUCUCAGUGGAUCACCUGCUGUGCUAAACGUUGAUGAUCCUUCUACACGUUUUUAUCCCAGAAAUGGAAGCAGAGUCUAUGAGAUUAGAGCUAGGCUCCCAGAAGACUUAAAGUGCGAAAGUUGCUUGCUCCAGUGGAUUUAUGUUGCGGGAAACAACUGGGGCAUGUGUGAGAAUGGCACAGGUACUGUAGGUUGUGGACCACAGGAACAGUUCCGUGCCUGUGCAGAUAUUUCUAUAGGAUACGGAGCACCUUCACCGCCACUUCGUCCCGUCCGACCGGGCACAAAGACGACGCCAAAGACAAAGAUGUCCGAGGCUACGCGACUGCCACCCGGUGCCGCCGACGAGCCACUGCCCGAGGGUCCCAAGUACAUUGGUGCCCUCAUUGCCAUUGUGUCCCUCUUGUUGGUGCUCUGUUGCCUGGCUGUGGUGUAUCUCUAUCACUAUCAUGGUCAGAGGAUCAAGCACCUGAUGCGGUGGCAACGUACAAAAGCUCCUGCAACAACUACACAUCUCACCUCUGUAGAAUCAGCACCGAUUCCACCCCCCAGAACGAAACGGCAGGGUCAUCAUGGGUCCGAAAUAGAUGCCCGGGAGUCGAGUAUUCUCACAGGGAGCAAUUCACCGUCACCGGGGGCUCGCAAUGGAGGCCCAAAAUUGCCAAAGGUGUCUCCAGAGUGUGCCUAAAAUUUCCCGCGUGUUCUGCAAUACCUGAGAAGUCCCACCUUGUCUGACUUUGCAGUGUAUUCUACUCUCGAGGAAGAUGCGAAACAUCUAAAAAAAUUCCUCCCAACAUGAAGACUCAAAAACCACUUUUUGUAUAAGAGUGUAUGUUUUAUUGUUAAGUGAACGACAAAUAUCAACUUAAUUACUUCCACAAAUAUUAACUAUGCUUGAUUGUAGGUGAAAUUCUUUUGGUGGUAAAAUCUCCCUAAAAUGAUUUUCCCUUGUAGUUGUAAUAAACUUAAUUGUCGAAUGAGCAGAAAUUGUCUAAAAGAAAGUCAUUUUGUGAUUUAUAUUUAUUUUAUUUUCUGUAUGAAUAAACUAUUUCCAAGAAC